AUGGGGACCUACAUCAACGACUCUUGGGGAUGUGGUCUAGCCCGUGACACUCUCUUAUAUGAGCCGUAUGGGAGAACCUUCCCUCAUGAUCAAGCAAUUCUGCUAUCACCGUGGGAUGAGCUAAGUGUGCCUCACAAGAAGAGAAAGCAGGUGUUCAGCUCACUGUUGAUGAUCAUUGACAUCCAAGUUGACCCCAACUUGAUGACCUUCACACCCCCUGAUGCUGCCAGAGAGAAGUUGGUGAGGGAGCUGGAGUAUUGGUGUGGUGAGAAGAGGAAGGAGAGACUGAAGAGAUGGUAUGAGCUCGGUGGUUGGAUGAACUGGGCCUUGAACACAUACCCGCUGUUGUGUCCAAUGCUCAAUAACUUUUAUCCAAAUCUUGUUGGGAGAAAAGACUCAACUUCUUCUGUGUGGGUGAACAACAGUAUAUGCAAGGACUUUCACUGGGGAAGGAGAUUGCUGGACAACUCAAGCAGGGUGUUCUUGUUGAAGUCGUUGUUGUGGGACUUCGACAACACCACAUCACUGGUCUAUUGUGAUGUGUGCCCAAAAGGGAUGGGCUUCUGGUACCCUAACCUUGGACUAGGGUUCUAUUCACCCACUCCAUCUCAUGCUAACCCUGAGCUUAUCUUCUAUUUUGAGGCUCUUUGCAUUCUCUCUGCCCUUUAUGAUGCUCAUCUGUGCUCGCCACCCCGAGGAGAUGGUCACUUUAUCAUAUUCACAGACAACAGUAACACUGUCGACAUCUUUGAAUCAACUCAUUACAUGCACUUCCUGCUUAUAAUCACCUUCUCAAAGCCGCAGUCAACAUUCUCUUACUCAGCGACCACAGCUUACAUGUUCUGCACAUACCAGGGCCUUGACCUUGGAACCAUGUUUGAAGAUCUUGUCUUUUGA